AUGAUGAUGAACCCAGGAGUCGCCGGUGGAUUGUCCAUGACAUCCAGUGCUGCAUUGGGAAUCCCCAUGACGGUGAAGGACGAACACAUCAAACGACCCAUGAACGCCUUCAUGGUCUGGUCCCGAAUCCAACGUCGCAAGAUCGCCCUCGAGAACCCGAAAAUGCAUAACUCCGAGAUCUCCAAACGGCUCGGUGCGGAAUGGAAACUCCUCACGGAUUCCGAGAAGAGACCCUUCAUAGACGAAGCGAAGAGACUUCGGGCUCAACACAUGAAGGAUCACCCGGAUUACAAGUAUCGACCUCGUCGGAAACCCAAGACGAUCAAGAAGGACGGUUAUCCGUAUUCUUUUCCGUAUCUGCCGGCUCCGAUGGAUCCAUUUGGGAUGCCUCGUCCGAUGUACCCGACGUCGUUCCCCAUCCAUCACCCCAGCUUCCCUCCGCCUCCACACACGGUUUCAGCCGGGAGUCUCGUGACGAGCACUGCGACGACGAGCUCCUCACCACCGGAUCCCUCCGACAUGGAAAAGGUCCGUUCCUUCUUCACCAGUUUCACUCCCGAGAAGACUUCCCCGUCCGGUGGGAAUCCGACAGAUGCCAAAGUCACGUCCGUCGCGUCCUCCGUAUGUACUUCCCCGUUUUACGUCCCGCCGUUCUCCUCCCUCUAUUCUCCGGCGGCUGCUGCCGUCAACAGCAUGGCUAGUCUUCACUCGUCGGCGGCUGCAAGUCCUCAUCUCAUGUCUGCUGCUGCCGCUUAUGGAGCCUCCUAUUCUCCCAGCUCUCAAGAUCCUCUGAGACGACCUCUGUCCGUCAUUUUCUCUUGA